UCGUUCAAUUGUGUUACGUUGAAGUCGACUCGAAAGCUGCCUCUUUUGCGUGGUCGUGAUCGAGUGCAUCGCUGUGUUUGCGAUUGUGUCGCCGGCUUCCAAUUUCGAGAAAAGAAUAAGUAGAAAAAAGAAACGUCGCCCGUCGUCUCAUAACAACCCCGUCUCGAGUACUAUCAUCUUCCUUUGACGGCACCUAGAAGUACCAAGGAACAGCUGACUUGCUCCCAUCGUCCGCACCCGCGAAAUCACCUAAUCAAUCCCUGAUGGCGGAAUCCGCGGCACAAGGCCCCGCCAGAUCGCGGUCGAAGCACCCCCGGGAUGACAUCUGGGUGCGCGUCGAGUUCCCAGAGGAAGAUCUAUCCGACGCCAUUCGCGUCCGCGGUUCCCUGCUUGGCAUAAACGCGACGAUCCUAGACCUAAAGGAGCGACUCGCUGAGAACCUAGUCGCCUCCGGCUCGGAAACCAUCCCCAUCCACCGCGUCUUCAUUACGCUGUCGCCGCCGCCGGGGAAUGCGGAGGAGGCCCGCCAGUUGUCGGCGUCGGAUUCGCUGGACGAUCUGCCGGAGGGCGCGGGGGGGCCGAAGCGGCCGCUCAUUGCGAGAGUGCGAGGCGGAGCAGCAGCAGCAGCGGCCGCACCAGCCAAGCCCGUUCCGAAGAAGCCCCAGACGCUGUUUGAGAAGGGGUUGGCGGGAAAAGACGAGCCUCCACAGAUUCGGAAUGCACUGGACAUUCGUGAUCUCUAUCCCGGAGGGGUGCUCCCUAGAUCGGGCGUCAAGGACGAAAACAUUUUCAUAAAGCUGAUAAAGCUGGCCUUGGUGUUCGCUCUGCUGGUGGGAAUAGCAGGAGGGGCCAUGUACCUGCUGGGGGAGGUGCUUCCCAAGUACUACAGUAACAUGAACAUGCCUCCCCGAGGACCGGAUAUGUCUGGAAGGCAUACAGAGUUGUGAUGGUGGGGCAGAGUUGUAGUUGUUGGAAAUACCUCAGCCCAACAGUAGUUAAAACUUUCAAAUUGUCUUAGUUUUAGUUGGCUCUUGGGACAUGAAUUCUAGGAAUUUAUCUAGUGUGCCAUUUUUCUAGAUAGCUAAGGGGGAGCUACGCCUAAAUCUGAAUUGGGAUAGUAUGUUUGCAAUAU